ACACCGUCUGUCAGCAUGGGGAGCGCUUGUUUUUCCCGGGACGUUUGUUUGUUUAUCCUCCUCAUAAAUACUUGCAGGGUGAUGGGGAAUGUCGGACUCUCAGAUGCAGACGAGUGUGCAGAGGGUUCAGAUGACUGCCACAUUGAUGCCCUGUGCCAGAACACGCCAAAAUCCUACAACUGCAUCUGCAAGCCGGGCUACAAAGGAGAUGGCAAGCAGUGUGAAGACAUGGAUGAGUGUGAAAACGAUUACAACGGGGGCUGUGUCCAUGAAUGCAUCAACAUACCAGGGAACUACAGGUGCACCUGCUACGAUGGAUUCAUGCUGGCCCAUGAUGGACACAACUGCAUGGAUGUGGACGAGUGUCGGGACAACAAUGGUGGAUGUCAACAAGUCUGUGUCAACACCAUGGGGAGCUAUGAGUGUCAGUGCACACAUGGCUUCUUCCUCAGUGACAACCAGCAUACCUGCAUCCACCGCUCUGAUGAUGGGAUGAACUGCAUGAACAAGGACCAUGGCUGUGCCCACAUCUGCAGAGAGGCUCCGGGCAAAGGCGGGGUGUCGUGUGAAUGCCGCCCUGGCUUUGAGCUGGCCAAAAACCAGAAAGACUGUACAUUGACGUGUAACUAUGGAAAUGGGGGUUGUCAGCACACUUGUGAUGACACUGACACUGGGCCAGUGUGUGGCUGCCAUCAGAAAUACGCCUUGCACUCAGACAGCAAGACCUGCAUUGAGAAAGAUGAGGCUGCAAUUGAGAGCUCUGAGUUCAAUGCCACGUCAGUAGCUGAUGUGGACAAGCGGGUGAAACGGCGGCUACUUAUGGAGACCUGUGCCGUGAACAAUGGCGGCUGCGAUAGGACAUGUAAAGACACAGCCACAGGGGUGCGCUGCAGCUGCCCCGUGGGAUUCACCCUGCAGCCUGAUGGCAAAACAUGUAAAGACAUCGACGAAUGCCAGGAGAACAAUGGAGGCUGCGAUCACUUCUGCCGGAACACAGUGGGCUCCUUUGAAUGCAGCUGUCAGAAAGGCCACAAACUGCUCACAGACGAACGGACCUGCCAAGACAUUGACGAAUGCUCCUUUGAGAGAACCUGCGACCACACCUGCAUCAACUACCCUGGCAGCUUCGAGUGCUUGUGCAACAAGGGAUACAUCCUGUAUGGCCUCACUCACUGUGGAGACAUAGAUGAAUGUAGCAUCAACAAUGGGAGCUGUGAGUUUGGCUGCGUAAACACUCAGGGUGGCUACGACUGUGUGUGUCCACCUGGACAGAAACUCCAUUGGAACAGGAAAGACUGUAUCGAGGUGGUGAAAUGUCUGCCCAAUGGGAAACCAGCACCCCGAGCUCAACUGACCUGCACUAAAAAUGGUGGGGCAGAAGUCUGCUCACUCUCCUGCCCCUCCAAUGCCCUCUUCCUUGCAGACUCAGAGAACAGCUACACACUAAGCUGCGGAGUGCCAGUUCAGCCUGUCAAAGCUCCUCAGAAGAGGAAUGCCACCACUGCCUUACCCACCUGUGCCGACACACUGGUGCCGCCCAUCAAACAGAAGGCCAGGUUUAAGAUCAAAGACGCCAAGUGUCACCUGAGGCCCCGCAACAAGGAAAAGCACAGAGAUUCCUCCAAGCAGAACCUGCAAGGAGGCCAGUUCCCCUGCACUGAUGACUGCCAGGUAACCUUUGUCAACCUCAAAUGCGACUCAUCUAAGAAGCGUCGGCGAGGACGCAAAUCUCCUUCAAAAGAGGUUUCCCACAUCACAGCUGAGUUUGAGAUGGAGAUGAAGGAGGAAGAAGCCUCAGACUCGUGUAAUGUGGACUGCGUGCGGGAGAGGAUGAAGCAGAAGUUGCAGAGCGCCAUGCGGACACUCAGGAAGUCAAUCAACAAACAGCAGUUUUACAUCCAAUUCUCUGGGACAGAGUACGAGGUGGCUCAGAAACCAUCCAGAGUACCGGAGGGAGCUGAGGCCUGCAGCACCGGACAAGUCUUUAGAGAGGGAAAGUGUGUGAGCUGUGGUGUGGGGACGUUCUACAGUGGAGAGCAGGAGCAGUGUGUCCAGUGUCCUUCUGGCACCUACCAGGACACGGGGGGUCAGCUGUCCUGCGAGCCAUGUCCCAUUACUGACGGACAGGGUGUUGCUGGAGCCAAGAACGUGUCUCAGUGUGGAGGUCAGUGUCCAGCGGGUCAUUUCUCACCUGACGGAUUUCGUCCAUGCCAGCAUUGUCCGCUCGGCUCCUACCAGCCUGAACCAGGCCGAGUGCUGUGCUUUACCUGUGGAGGAGGCCUCAUGACCAAGUAUGACGGAUCAGUUUCUUUUAGAGACUGUGAGGCCAAAGUGCACUGUGCUCCUGGACAUUACUACAACUCCACUACCCACCGCUGCAUCCGCUGCCCAGCAGGAACCUAUCAGUUUGACUUUGCGCAAAACUACUGCAUCACUUGCCCUGGGAACACCACCACUGACUUUGAUGGUGCCACCAAUGUCUCCCACUGCAAAAACCAACUGUGCGGAGGUGAGCUGGGAGAAUACACAGGCUACAUCGAGUCUCCUAAUUACCCUGGAGAUUAUCCGUCUAAUGUGGACUGUGUCUGGACCAUCAACCCACCACACAAGAGGCGGAUCCUCAUUGUGGUACCAGAGAUCUUCCUCCCCAGUGAGGAUGAGUGUGGAGACGUGCUGGUCAUGAGGAAGAGUGCCCUUCCCACCUCCAUUACCACAUACGAGACGUGUCAGACCUAUGAGCGGCCCAUCGCCUUUACCUCUCGCUCUCGCAAGCUCUGGAUCCAGUUCAAGUCUAACGAGGGGAACAGUGGAAAAGGCUUCCAAGUUCCAUAUGUCACCUACGAUGAGGACUACCAGCAGCUGAUAGAGGACAUAGUGCGGGAUGGCAGGCUUUACGCCUCUGAGAACCACCAGGAGAUCCUGAAGGACAAGAAGCUGAUAAAAGCCUUGUUUGACGUGCUAGCCCACCCCCAGAACUACUUCAGGUACACAGCUCAGGAGUCCAAAGAGAUGUUUCCUCGUUCCUUCAUCAAACUGCUGCGCUCCAAAGUGACCAGAUUCUUAAGGCCGUACAAAUAGACAGGGCCUCCCUAUCGUCCUGUUAAAGACCCCCGUCAUCCUGCGUCAUUCCAGAUCCAGUUACUUCUCCCCUGUCUCUAAGUUUCUGAUGUACCCAUUCAUGACUUAAUGUUUCAUACCUCCAUUCGAUUAGUCCUCAACUCUGUUGGUCACAUGUUGCCUUUCCUCGUCUUUGACCCAUUUAAGUAGUAAAACAUUAUUAACUGAUAUCCCAUCCUACAGUGCGUGCAGAUUUUUCUAUAAGGUUUG